UGAGCGUGUUGGACCAUGGUGGGACCUACCCUCCUACAGGAAGCGAUGGACUCGUCAGAUCCUCAGCGAUGUUUCCUUCCACGUAGACAGUGGGCAGAUAAUGGGCAUCUUGGGCAACUCAGGCUCAGGGAAGACAACACUGCUGGAUGCCAUCUCAGGGAGGAUCGGAAGCGACGGCACACUGUUGGGAGAGGUUUUUAUAAACGGCAGAAAACUGAAGAGAGAAGAGUAUCAGGACUGUUUCUCCUACGUCCUGCAGAGUGAUAAUUUGCUGAGUUACUUGACAGUGGAGGAGACUCUGACCUACACAGCACAGCUGGCCCUGAGGAAACACUCGGCAGAAGCCAUCAAGAAAAAGGUGUCAGCGGUGAUGGCCGAGCUGAGUCUGAGUCACGUCGCUCAUAGUGUCAUCGGAGGUCGCGUUUUCCCAGGAAUCUCCGGGGGUGAGAGAAGGAGGGUCUCCAUCGCCAGUCAGUUACUUCAGGAUCCAAGGGUGAUCCUAUUGGACGAGCCCACCACCAGCCUGGACAGCAUGACGGCCAAUCAGAUCGUGGUGCUGCUGGCGGAGCUGGCCCGGAGGAACCGCAUCGUUAUAGUGACCAUCCAUCAGCCUCGCUCCGAACUCUUCAGGGUGUUCAGCAGGAUUGCAAUAAUGAGUCAAGGAGAGCUGGUUUUCUGCGGACAACCGGAGGAGAUGGUGGGUUUCUUCAGCCAAUGUGGAUACGAGUGCCCAGAGUACUGCAACCCUUUCGAUACCUACGUGGACUUCACCUCGGUGGACACGCGUAGCAGUGAGAGGGAGGCAGCCACGUUCAGUCGCAUGCACGAGAUCACCUCAUCCUACCAGAGAUCUGCCAUCUACCAGGACAUGCUGGACAAAAUGGAGCAGAGCCUGCAGAUAUCAGACAAGCCGGCCAUCCCCUUUAAGAGCAAGGAUUCACCCAACGGGGCCGCCAAGCUUGAGGUUCUGAUCAGGCGCACGGUUAGAAACUUCUCCAGAAACAGGAUGGGGGUUCUCAUGCGUCUGUCCCAGAACCUGAUCUAUGGCUUCUUCGUGGCCUUCUUCGUCAUGCACUUGGACACGGACGUCACCAAGGGGGCCGUGCAGGACCGCAUCGGCAUCAUCUAUCAGUGUGUGGCGGCUCCGCCCUACACCGGCAUGCUCAACGCCGUCGCUCUCUUCCCUGCGCUGCGAGCCAUCAGUGAUCAGGAGAGUCAGGAUGGUCUCUAUCACAAAUGGCAAAUGUUCUUGGCCUACGUCCUCCACAUCCUGCCCUUCAGCACUUUGAGCAUCGUCAUCUUCUGCUCGUUUCUUUAUUGGACGAUAGGGAUGAACCCAGAGAGUCUGCGCUUCUUGUGUUUCACUGCUGUGAUUCUGGUGCCACAUGUUAUAGGGGAGUUGUUGACCGUGGUGCUUUUAGCGGUGGUCCAAGACCCAAACAUGGUCAACACUGGAGUAGCUUUACUCAAUAUUGCAGGAAUCCUGGUGGGAUCCGGCUUCCUUAGAAGUAUCCAGCAGAUGCCCGUAGUGUUUCAGUGGCUGAGUUACCUGACCUUCCAGAAGUACAGCUGUGAGCUGCUCAUCGUCACAGAGUUCUACAAUCUGGAUUUCACCUGCAAUGUAACGAAACUUUUACCAGGAGCCUGUAUGAUCAUUAAAGGCAACCAGAUCAUUGAUGAGGGUUACCCUGGAGCUCUGUCUCGAUACUUACUGGACUUUAUUCUCCUCUACUCCUUCCUCCCUGCCUUGGUUCUGAUGGGAAUUAUUGGCUUCAAGAUCAGAGACAAGCUUGUGCAUCACUAAAGCCGCAAACCUAGGUUCUGUUAAAAAAUAAAAGCUGCACUUUAUUUCUAAUUUGAAAUGUGAUGGAAAUGGAAUUAGAAUUUUUUUUACUACUCACUGUAUAUAAAUCUAAUGUGUGCGACCUGUGUUUCACUGCUUUUGUUAGGAGUGAAUAUCUGUCAUUUGAACGUCCGUGAACUGACUUUAUCAACAAUAAUACUAAAUUGAGGACAAAACGCAGUCACGCAAGUGUGGGUGAGAUCAAAAAGACGAUGUAGUUUAAAUAUGGAUCCAGUCCAACAGGUGAGAAGGUAAAGUGCUCGGUGAUGGAAUACCGAUAACUCAAUCAGUGUGCAAAGGUGUGAGCAAGACCGUCAGUUCAGACUUUCCAACAUCUCCUGAUAACCAACUGUGUGACACAGAGUUUAAAUAUUGGCAGUAAAUUAGGAUCUGUAUCAGUUCUUUUUUUACUGUAAAAAUUUUUUUUUCUAGAACCUAAAUGAAAAAAGACAAUUUUCUUCAUUUAGCUAAUUAAAUGGUGAAUGUAUUACAAAAUAAAAGCGUACAGAGCAGAAAAUAAAUAAUAUGCAAACUGAGUAUACAUGAA